AUGGCUUCGGGAAGCAAUGGUGCUGCCAUCAAGCGAGAGGAAUCCUCGAAUGAUGCCCAGACAAUCUUCUCACCGGAAGCUUUCCAGACUGCGCUGAAAAAUGUGGAUAAGGAGACAAGUGAUGAAGUUAGCAAUUGGCAUGAAAAUCUGACGCCGGAAGAGCGAAAGGUUAUUGACGACGGCAUGGCAGCGAUGUGUUAUCGUGGUUGUAUAAUUGCUGCAAAGCGCUCUUAUGAUACAAUAGUCAGACAAAAACAGGAAACAAAAAAAGCAAACAAUAGACGAAAGAAGGAAAAAAAGAAAGAGAAAAAGAAGGGACACAAUCGACAAAAUCAACGACAAGAGGACGGCCGACCCUGGAGAGAGCGCGAUGCCAAUUUCAAUGGACAGUUUGGUCGGGACGGAUAUAGCGACAUGCCACCCCGGAAUCAAUAUUCCCGAUAUGGACCAGCUGGACCAGCUGGACCAUCUCAUUACGAUGAUACUGGGCGGUAUGGUGGUCAAUAUGCCGACAUGUACGAACGGAGUCGAAGCCCUAGACGGCGAGAUCGGAGAGCUGAAGAUCGGGACGAAUAUCAUUACGAAAGACGAGGGAGACGACAUCAUAGUAUGUCACUCUCUAUUGAUAGGAGAAGCAGAAGUGAUGAUCGAGGUCGUCGGCAUUCGAGGAGGCGUGAUUCACGAUCUUCCAGUAGUGACAGUCGCAGUGGAUCAAGACGACAUUACAGUCGACGAAGCGGUAGUCCGACAAGACGGCGACGGUCGCAUUCACGAAGUCGUUCGCGGGGAAGGAGAAGGAGUCUGCACUCGGAUGGCAGGGAUCGCAGACGAAGUAGCUCAUCUCAUCGAUCGCGAUCACGGGAUAGAAGCACUGUUUCAAAGGACAGACGUAAUUCACAUGGCAAUCACCAUAAUCAUCGUGAUAAACAAACGGAGGAGUCUAUCGAGAACGGUUCAAAACAGGCAGAUCCAACAACUCCCAUUGACUCGAAUAAGACCUCGCCCCACUCAUCCAGGAAAAGGAUUCGGAAGUCAGACAGGGACGAGUCAUCGAGAGACAAACGAGGAAGGUCUCGCAGCAAAAGCCGUAGCCGCGAUCGUAAAUCGAAACAUAAGCGACGAGACGAUGAAAGUGAUGACGACAGCUAUCGUCGAAGUAGAUCUCGCAGGCAUGGGAGUCCGCACGAAGGACAUCGAAGUAGAAGUCGGAGACAUCGUUCACGAAGGAGCGAUAAAAAGCGUCGCAAUGAUUCUUCUCCAAGUUCCAGUGUGGAUAACGGCUCACAUUCACCGACACGAGACAAGAAGAAGAAAAGCGGUCGCGAGUCGUCAAAGAAACGGAAGCGCCGUAGUUCCAGACACCAUGAUUCGCGUCGUUCGCACAACGAACAAGCCAAUCAAGAUGGGGCAGAAGCUGAAAAUACGGCAGAUGGAAUCGCUGAGAGGAGACAUUCAAAGUAA